GUUUAACAGAAAGCUAAGCACCUCCCAUGAGAUCAGGAACCAUAACCGAUAGUGGGAAAGAAAAAAUAAAUAAAUGAAAAUAGUCAUUUAUCUCUAAUACCAACGAGAAGGUUGCUGCCAGCGAGUCGUUUCCGUUUGUUGAGAGCUCCGUGACCCAACGAUCAUCACCAACGGAUCUGUCCAUAAAGCUAAACGCCAAACAACUUGGGGUUUGGGAUCGAGGGUUAAACGAGGUCACUGUUGCUUCCGAUUUUGGUCUAAAGCCUAGUGAGCAGCUAUAACGAAGUAAGAUGAGGAGAUGCCGCAUUAUGAACUGGAGGUAUCGGAAGAAGCAACUGAAAGUGGCGUCCGAGUUAACAAGCUGCAACCGUGGCGACAAUCAUUGGGUACCCUUGAGCACAGAGUCAAGCAAGUCGCAGCGGACAAGGAACCCACGGGGAACAACCAAGACUCGAACAUCGUACACGGGUUGCCUAGGGCACAACCAUUCCCACCGCUCGUCCUUGGCAUCAUCACCGUUGUAGCCGGGGAUACAGCCACGUUCGUCGAUGCACACCCAUCAACAGGAGAGCUAGCCCUAGCCCUAGCUCCAACGACCACGAUCGUUCCUCGAGCUGCCUCACCAACAACAACGAUCACCCCUAACGUCGAUGAGCUAGCUUCCUUUGAUCCUGCCGCUGAUUUGGAUUCUACCAAGUUGGAGACAACCGACAUUCAUUCAAGAAUCACAUCGCCAUCAUCGUACGAGUUUGCGCUGUAGCGACUAAGUUGCCUGGAUGUCGGAAUGCUAUAGAGGAUGUCUGGAGCCUCGACACUAUCGCUCCACAGCAGAAAUCGGGGUUCGAUCCAGGGGCGGAGCUACACAGGGCCUAAGGGGGGCCCCGGCACCCCCGAGAAUUUCAAAAAUCACGAAAGAAUGUACGAGUAUUCUGAAAAUUACGAAGUAAAUACAGGUUUAUGAU